AUGGUUCAAAACGUGCCAGAUCAAAUUGCUCUGUUUUUCCUUUUUUUAUGUGUUCAGGGACAAUAUCAAGUUAUUGAUCAUGAAUUUGAUGCUGUUGUCGUUGGAGCUGGGGGUGCAGGAUUAAGAGCAGCUUUCGGUUUAGUAGCAGAAGGUUUUAACACUGCUGUUAUAACGAAACUUUUUCCAACAAGGUCACACACUGUCGCUGCUCAAGGUGGUAUCAAUGCUGCCCUUGGAAACAUGGAACAAGAUGAUUGGAGAUGGCACAUGUAUGAUACUGUUAAGGGUUCAGAUUGGUUAGGAGAUCAGGAUGCUAUUCAUUACAUGACUAGAGAAGCUCCUAAAGCUGUUAUCGAAUUGGAAAAUUAUGGUAUGCCAUUCAGUAGAACAGAUGAGGGUAAAAUUUAUCAGAGAGCUUUCGGUGGUCAAUCGUUAAACUUUGGAAAAGGUGGUCAAGCUCAUCGUUGCUGUUGUGUUGCUGAUCGUACAGGCCACAGUUUGUUGCACACACUCUAUGGUCAAUCUUUACGCUAUGACUGUAAUUAUUUCAUUGAAUAUUUCGCAUUGGAUUUAAUCAUGGAUAAAAAUGAAAAAACAUGCAAGGGAGUUAUUGCAUUGUGUUUGGAAGAUGGUUCGAUACAUAGGUUCAGAGCCAAAAAUACAGUAUUAGCCACUGGAGGUUAUGGUAGAGCAUAUUUUUCAUGUACGUCAGCACACACGUGUACGGGUGACGGUACAGCAAUGAUUAGCAGGGCUGGUCUUCAUAACGAAGACCUUGAAUUUGUACAAUUUCAUCCAACUGGUAUAUACGGUGCUGGAUGCCUUAUAACCGAAGGAUGCCGCGGAGAAGGAGGUUAUUUAAUUAAUAGCGAAGGAGAAAGAUUCAUGGAACGAUAUGCUCCAGUCGCAAAAGAUUUAGCUUCGCGAGAUGUCGUUUCUAGGUCAAUGACAAUUGAAAUACGCGAGGGUAGAGGUGUCGGACCGGAAAAAGAUCAUGUUUACCUUCAACUUCAUCACCUUCCACCCGAACAAUUACAUACCAGACUUCCCGGUAUAUCCGAGACGGCAAUGAUAUUCGCCGGCGUUGACGUUACCAGAGAGCCGAUCCCCGUUCUACCAACUGUUCACUACAACAUGGGUGGCAUCCCCACCAAUUACAAAGGUCAAGUUGUAACCGUUGACGGUGUUGGUAACGACGUCGUUGUUAAUGGUUUGUACGCGGCCGGAGAAUGCGCGUGUAGCUCCGUUCACGGCGCUAACAGAUUGGGCGCUAAUUCUUUACUCGAUUUGGUCGUUUUCGGUAGGGCUUGCGCCAAAACGAUCGCAUCGGAGAACAAACCUGGAGAGAAAACAAUGGAAUUAUCGGAUUCCGACGGCGAAGACUCUGUAACCAAUUUAGAUAACGUUAGAUAUGCAAACGGAUCCAUUUCCGUUGCCGACCUUCGUCUCAAAAUGCAAAAAACGAUGCAAAAUCACGCGGCCGUGUUUAGAACGCAGGAAACAUUAGCCGAAGGAUGUGAAAAAAUGGCCAAAAUGUAUAAAGAACUUAAAAAUAUAAAAGUCUACGACAGGAGUCUGAUAUGGAAUUCGGAUUUGGUCGAAGGUUUAGAAUUGCAAAAUUUAAUGAUAAACGCAUUGCAAACGAUUAUAGGAGCCGAAAAUAGAAAAGAAUCUCGUGGAGCACACGCAAGAGAAGAUUUCAAGGAUAGAAUCGAUGAAUAUAAUUAUUCUCAACCGUUGGAAAAUCAACAACCCAAAUCGAUUGAAAAUCACUGGAGAAAACAUACGUUAACGUGCAUGAACGUCGAUACGGGAGAAGUAACGAUCGAAUACAGGCCUGUAAUAGAUAAAACAUUAGAUGAAAACGAAUGUAAAACGGUACCUCCAGCCGUUAGGUCGUACUAA